UCCGACAUCAACAAACCCGUGAUCGCCUGGAAGUGGAAAAUCACUUCAAAGGUUGACAGUAAUCGUGCACAAAUUGCACGACAUGCACAGGCUCGGGGACGUGAUGCGGACCAGCACUAUUGGACUUGGUGUCAGCCUACUUCCAUCCUCCCGCUUUACAAACAUACUUUGCUAAUCAGAUGAAAUUAAGACCGAGAAUCGUUUCCUAGUCAUGGGUGGAAAAGAACUUAAUCUAUCCAGAAACAAAUCUCCGCCAAAGACUUCCUGGAACGAGAACCCAUCGAGGAAUUGCCUCGUACGUAGAUCAAGGCCACGAUGAUGAAGAGACCGCAAACCCGGCAGUCAGAGUCAAUAUUCAUGGAGACAAGAGCAUUGACCCAACUGCACUUGCCAGCGAAAGUAUUCUUGCCAAGAGUGGAGGACGCAUUGCGAGAUGGUUCCGAUUACGAUCUUCUUUGCUCUCCACAGUACCUUUAAUUCCCGAAAUAGAAGGAUCAACUAAAUACAAUUUCAAUGGAGAGGAGCGCUUUACCUACAACUAUGAAACACGGGAUACAACAGCCACUACUAGUUCAAGACCUAAGACGAAGAAGAAGCCCAAGGUUCAGAAGACUAGAGAUAAUUCAAAGCGAAGGCAAAGUGCCUUAGCUUCUGGACCAUCAAGCAGCACCGAUGAAUAUAAUCAAUCCGUAGAUCGGACCAAGAGGCGGGCAUCGACCCCUACAUCCAGACGACUUGCAGAACCACCAGACACGGACGAAGGUUCGAAGCCCACGGCUCUCCAAAGGUUACCGGCAUUAGAAACACAAGAACAAAACGAACGCAUAAAGAAGCUCAGAGAUGAGAUGGCAGAAAGAUUGGAGCAAAUCAGAGAUAUAAAAAAAAUACAAGUGAAGAACAAGGUGGAGGAAAAGCUUGCAUCUGAGAUAGUCGAGAAAGAAAAAGAACAUGAGAAGCAUUUGGAAGCUCUCAGGGUAACGAUAAGGCAGGAGUUGGAAGAGUAUCGAUUGAAACCGCUGAAAGAAAAGCUCAAAUCCGAACUCGAUGAACGUAUGAAAUCCAAAGAAGCCCAGAGUAAAAGCGAUCUAGAAGAUGUGAGGUCCAAAAUUCGAGCAGACUAUGCCAGCCAAGCCAAAGCGCUGAUGCAAGAAUUGGAGAAAAAAUCACAAAGAGAAUUGAAGCCUUUGUUGGUAGAAGCCAGGAACAGAGUACGACAAGAGGCAGCGGAAGAAGAGCAGCGCUUGGAAGCUUUCGUCAACGCUCAAGUAGCUCACGACUCUCAAAAGAUCGAAGAAGAGUGCGACUUUAGGAUAGAAGCCAUAAAUCGAGAGAGAAAAGAACGACAGCUUGCAGUAAGACAACGAGGAAAGGAGACAAUAGAAAGUGAGCGUAACAGACCGGAAAAAAUGCAAGAACUAGAACAAAGAGAAAGAGAGGCCUGCAGUGGACUUGAGAGGGAAGAGAGAGAAAAGGCACAGAAAGAAAAGGAAUCCAUAACAACUGAUUUUGCCGAAAGAGAAGCGCUGGCCAUGGCAGCACUACAAAACGAUUCAGUUCAGAAAUUAGAGUCAACGAGGAAUCUACUGGAGGAAAAUAAUCAGAAGAAACUGGAGGACUGCAUCGCCGAGAUCGAGCGGGAAGUGGAGGCAAGGAUCAAAUCCGCAAAGACCGCAAAAGCAGGUGAAAAGCGCAAGUUCGCAGAGCAUCGCAGAAGUUUGCUCGAGAAGGAAGUGUCCGAGGACACCUCAAUACAAACGGCAGAACCAGCUGCUCCACAAGCACAGCAGACACAAUCGUCCAAAACCAGACGAGACUCGGCCAUGAAACAACAACAACAACAGCAGCAGCCGGAUGCGUCACCGGCGGCCGAAUCCAGUUCCGCUCGGGAUCAAGAGGAAGAAGAGAGCGAUCCGGAGCAGCAGCAGCCCAAACGAACCCUCAUCGAAGAAGAACUGCUGCUGCAAGAGGCGAUGAAAUCCGUGCUGGGCACAACGGACGCCGAGCAGAAGAAAUCGAAGGCCAAGGGCAAGCGAGUUCUGUUCGAGGAUCCCGUGGCCAGCGAGGAAGAGGAAGCGGGCGAAGGGAGCGACGACGGGAGCUCGUGCGUCCGAGACGGUGGCCACGCGUGCGCGCUGAUGAUGGAGUCGCUCUUCCAGACCAUCAAGGCCUCGACGGAACGGCCCCGCGGCCGAUCCUUCGCGCACCCGCGCCACUCCAUCUUUCAGCGGUUGAAGGGCGUCUGAGUCGGCCGCCUCCCGUCUCGCUCCCGGCGGGAGCCGACGGAGUGCCGCAUUCGCACCCGGCGGGAGUCGUCGAGUGCGCGAUGCUUUCGUUGUCUUGUUUCGCUUCACGGCGGGAGCUUCUUGUCGCGUUGUGGAUCUCGGCGGUAGGCCUUUAGAGGGGGUUCGGCGGGAGUGAUUGAGAUUCCACGCUCCACUUCUGCUCCCAGGUAUGAGAUAAGAUGCUUUGUUUUGACCUGC